AGCAGCAUCUUCAUAGCAAGUACUUAGACUUAACACAAAAAGAACUUGUCUACCAGAAGACACCGAAUACAAGACAAGGAAUUAUCUACGGCUACGUAGGAAACCUCCACCAACAGUCAGGACAAUGGGAAACACUUUCUGUGGCUCUUGCUGCGUUCGUGUCUUUCGUGACGCCUUCUGUCCUAGGGGAUAUGGUCGUCGAACGUCCUUCUCAAAAGGUGGAGAGCCGCCUACGCGUUGGACAGAAGCAGAAAAAUAUGUGCGGAAGGUUUCAGAAACAACAGCCACGGGAGAUGUGCUUGACUGCUGGUUUUUUCCGGAGAACGCGGGUUUUUAAGGAUAAGUAGUUCCAAUCUCAAUCAUGAUUAUCAUACAACUAUGGUCAUCUUCUGAUGAUUUUUGCCAGGCGCAGCAAACCCCCGAGUAGACUCCACUCGAGUACGACUAGGAUUUCCGCAAAGAAUUAAUGAAGCUCUCCUCAUCUCGAUCUCUUCAUGAUCAUGGAUGAUUACAAAUACAACAAUUUAGACUUGCUUUUGUUUCAUCUUUCAAAUCUAAUCUAUGCUGGGAGGCAAAAAUAAGCUAGGAACAGGCAGCAUUCAGAGGGCGUCGAACCGCGAAGCUUUUUUAGAGAGGCUGCGUUCCACGAAAAAAUGGAUCGAUAUCGCCGUUUUCACCAUAACCGACAACAGCGUGGCAAGAAUACUCAAUUAUGAGAUACAACUAGGUUUACAACAUGAGUCAUUUUUACCGAGAGUGGUGAGCAAGAAAUAGUAGAUCUCGUUCGACGAACUCGAUUUCUGCUUUUUUCUCCAUGAAAAACCCACUCUUGUUUCUCGUCCCCCUAAUGCUAAUCGACUCCCAAAAACAAAAGGACUCUGCUUAAAUCUUUAUCCCUUAAGCUGAAAUAGUGAAAAGCCUCCCUCUUUCUCCCUUAAUGAAAGGAGCUCUUUGCACGAUCCGGUUCGCAAAAAGUCCACAUCCGCAUUGUCACCGAUGACCAGCAAGCGGCGUCGCUAGGCUCAGACGUCUACGAGCUCGCAGGACUUGGAAUCCCUGUCAUUCACGACAAUGACACGAGUUUAUGGUGGGACAAUAUUCCGAACAAGAAUAUGAAUAUGUUUGAAAAUACUGUCACGAACCUUAUGCUUAUGACCAAUAAAUAUGACGGUGAUUUUGUUGAAGUUCAAAGCUCAUCCCUCGGAAUACAGCACGCGCUCCUUGAUUACAAAAAUGAACACUCUCUUCCUUCGUUCAUCCUCUGCUCACAUGCAUCACAAGUUUGCGGUUAUCGACGGCGAAUACGUGCUUACAGGGUCCUACAACUGGAGUCGCGCAGCGUUCACGCGGAAUCGCGAGAACAUGAUUCUGUCCAAUGAUGUGCGGAUGAUUCGAGCAUUCAUGGCAGAGUUUGAGCGGUUGUGGUCUACUUUUCGCCACAACAGAUUCUUCGCACCACCUGAUAGAGUUGCUCCUGCGUCGGAGCCUCAGUUAAGGAUGAGACGACAUCAUACUGCUCUGGAGAAAGAGUCAGUCGUGUCAGACUGCGUUGCGGGUGCUCCUGUGUUGAAGAUGUCUCUUCACUACCUAUUUCCAUACUCUUUUCAAAAAUCGAUCUCACUCUCAACAGUAUGUAUUUGUAUGAAUCAUAAAAAACACCAGCAGUACUUCUUCCAGCACUUCUAAGCACCCAGCCUGCAUUCAAACCAGAUGUGAAGGAUGGACCAUCGGCCAUGACCAUGGGAGACUUUCUACCGAGCACGCAACAGCAAGGAGAACGCACGAGAAGUAGAUCCGUCGAGCCCUCUAGUACAGCAUCUAGAAGAAGUUCCGGAGGUUACGGAUGGUCAUCAAACAAAGGCGGAAACGGAGGGAGGAGUAAAUCAUCGAAUGCAGCUGCCGGUGGAGGAAACGGAAAGAAUACUAGAAAGUUAUUAAAUAACUACAAUAAAUCUAGUACAGAAGGAAAAGGAGGAACACCGAUUUCGAAAGACGAUAAAGGACGUGGAAAGCCAUCAGACCGAGGAGAUCGAGAGGCUAGUGGUGAAUACGUUGCUGUGACAGUCGUCGGAGGCUCAGGGUCGUGAUGGUGAUCGUCACGGCCACUUGUUGUUGAGGGAAAAUAAACUUAAACAUUGUGAAUUUACAAAGUACGAAGAAACAUGAAGGUUUUGACAUCGAAUUUACUGUAGGUACGAAGACUCCACCUCCAGCAUGAUGCUGACGUGGCUUACUACGAAGAUUAUAUCACGCUUACUGCGAACAAGAUUAUUGUUGUAGUUCUAGUUGUUCC